CUCUAAGCUUACCUAAUCGCAACUUAAAAAAAAAAACUAUUCUUGUAUAUCCAUCUAAUCCAGUUUUAAGAAAUUUCAGUGAGACUUAAAACACCGCAGAGAGAAGACGUUCAGUGUUUAUAAAUUUUAAAAUGCAAUCUUUGAGAUCGUUAUUUUUAUACUUCCUGUAUUUUUUAUAUUUUCCUGAACAACUUGUUUCAAAAGAAAUAGGUGACACAUGUAUUGAUUCAACUAAUAAUCUAAGCGGAACCUGCAAGGUUAUUUUUGACUGCUUUCAUGUUUUACAAAUCAAGCUCCAUGAAGAUGAACUAAGUUAUACUAAAUGUGGAUAUAAUGGCACAGUAGAAAUAGUAUGCUGCGGGGAAAGAACCAUGUUUUCAAAUGAAUAUAAAACUCCUCCUGAUACUUCUAAGAAAUACAUUAAAAAAUGUGAAGAUUAUAAAGCGAAAUCAUUCGAUCAAGAUUUGCAGAAACUUACUUCUGAAACCCAACCAAUAAAUAAGACAACUUCAAAAUGUGAAAAUUACACGUUUCCUUUAGUAGUUGGUGGAGUAGAUGCAAAUCCAAGAGAAUUUCCUCACAUGGCAGCAAUUGGAUGCCCGGCCAAAGAAGGAAAAUAUAUGUGGCGUUGCGGAGGUUCUCUUAUAAGCCCGAAUUAUGUUUUAACAGCCGCACAUUGUACUAAGAUGAUCAGUUGUAAGGAUGAGGAACUAAUUGUUCGCCUUGGAGACUUGAAUGUGGAAAUCGACACCGAUGAUGCUGAUCCAAAAGAAUAUAAAGUCAAACGUUUCUUACACCAUCCACAAUACAAUUCAUCACUUGAUUAUAAUGAUAUCGCAUUAGUUGAAUUGGAAGUACAUGUACCAUUUACUGACUAUAUAAGACCUGCAUGCUUGCCAUAUCAGGAUUUUAACAAUCAUUCACAAUUGUUUGUUAUUGGUUGGGGUAGUAAUUUAACGGUUGGCCUUAAUGUUGCACAUCUUCAAAAAGCAGCUGUUGAAGAAUUUGAUCAUGCCGAGUGCAAUAAAAUUUACACUGAAAAUGGAAUGGAAUAUCGAGCUAACCUUAUUAAUGGAGUGCAAAAUAGAACACAGAUAUGUGCUGGUUCUAAGCAGGCAAUGAAAGACACAUGUCAAGGCGAUUCGGGAGGUCCUCUGCAAAUCGUGCAUCCGAAUCAUCCGUGUAUGUAUUCAAUUAUUGGCAUAACAUCUUACGGGCAAGGAUGUGGUACUAUUGGAUAUCCUGCAGUAUAUACGCGAGUGUUUAACUAUAUUCCAUGGAUUGAAUCCGUUGUUUGGGAUUGAAGCUGUGUUGGUGGUAUUAUGAUCAAAAAUCGAGGCCACUACAAUAUAAUCUCAAAAAUAUUUCGUUUUACUUUGUAACAUAAAAAAUAAAAAUAAAUUAAGGUCAAAACGUCAUUUCCGGGAACGCUCUUAGAAUCUGAAUUAAUAAUGUUGUCUUACACUCAUAAUUUGGAUAUUUUAGGUAUUUUUACUCAGUAUCCUAUGCAAUA